GAUCAAUUGCCAAACAAGUACAAUCUCUUAUAAAUGAAACAGUAGACUCACAUCUUUAAUACAAUGAGUCAUACUCCUACCUACCAAACUUCAUGCCUCUUAGUCCCUUUUCCUCCCAUCUAUCUUCAUGCUAGCAAUUAAGGUGAAUUUAUAUUUUACUUUUUAGAUAACUUUUGAGAGGAUAGAACUAGAAGAGUUGAAUGGUAAACAGAAGCAAACAGUAAAAAAGUCCACCCACCAACAAAGGAACCGUGAUAGACACGGAAGCAGUGAGUAAUACUAGACAAAAAAAAAAAGUACCCAAGAGAGAAUAUUAAGUAAAAAUAUUAAUUCGUGAUUUCAUAUUCAUGAAUUUAUGGCAAUUCUGUACACGUUAGAUUCGAUUUAGUCAAACUAAAUGAAAAAAAGUUUGAUUGUCAAAAAAUUAAAACGAAAUAUUUCUAUUCGAUUUUGAUACUUAUUUUGUUUUCAUUCAGUAUGAUCUACACGAGAAUUUAUCGUUAAUAAAUAGUAAAAAGAGGUAAUUAAUUCAAAUUUAAUUUAUACUCACAUAGGUGUUGAGCUGGCGGAUGAAGCUGGAGAAAUUGUUGUGCUUGAAGUACCGCGGCAGCAUCAGCUCCGAGAACUCCGCCGGCGACCACACCACGAACCCCGUCCCGUCUUCAUUCCACGAUAUGAUGCUCCCGCCGUCGCCGGAAGACGACGAUGACGACGAAGGCCUUUCAUCAAGCAAGUCGUACGUCUUCGACAGAAAUGGAGCGGGGCCUUUCGUCGCCGCCGCCGCCGACCGGCCGGUCGAAGUAGAGCGGCUGAUCUUGUACGGGGAUCGAUUGUUGCUGCUAUCCACAUCCAUCGCCGCCGGCAUCGGGAAGCCGCUGACCAUAAUAACUUCUGAGGGCCGGAUUUUGUGGGGUUUGUGGCCGUGAGAAGGAAGAGUUAGCUGGUGCAGAAGCUCGUCGUAUUUAUAUAUAGGAAGGAAAAUCUAGGGAAAGGAAAGGAAUGGGAAAAUAAUUGAUUAGUGAUUUUUGAAAAAGGAAGCUUAAUAAGGAAAUUAUAGUAAGGGGAAGAUGCGUCACUCUCACUUAGAGUCUCGCCUUUGUUGAUUAAAUCGGGCUUACGUUUUGGAAUUUGGGAGCCGACGCAUGGCACUUUAAGCGUGAUUAAUCUAAUAAAUAAUGAUAAUAUUUUAUAUAAGCCGGAUGAGAAAUUUUACAAUGCUAUAUAGUAUUGGUGCUAUAGGUUUUUGCCUUGAUGGUACAACUUAAAAUUGUACAUUUAUGUUAUGGUACAACUUUAGAUUGUACCAAUACUUUUUGUACAAAUUCUUUUAUGGUACAACUUGAAAUUGUACAUUUAUGUGAUGGUACAACUUCAAGUUGUAAAGUUGUACCAUAACAUAAUGGUACAAAUUGCUUUAUGGUACAACCUAAACUUAUACAUUUAAUGUUAUGGUACAACUUUGAGUUGUACAUUAAAGCACCAAUACUAUAUAGCAUAGUAGAAGGGCUCUAAGCCGGAUAUGUUGGUAUGGGUUAUAAUCUGGGGUGUUCGUUGGUUCUCUCCAUCAAAUUGAUAUUUGGACUGAAUCGAAUCAAGUCGAAUAUAAUGAUGACUCGGUUCUUGAUUUUAAAAAUUCUUUUUAUUAUUAUUAUUAUUGAACUGUGGUUCUCAUAGUUUGAUUUGGUCCAUACCUGAUCGGACAAUUACACAUCGGUAAAUUUGAGUGUAUCAAAUAAAAAAUAUACGAGAUGAAAUAACUAUUAUAUAUAAACAUCCACGUCCUAGCUCCAUUAGUAUUUUGUCUUUUUGAAAAGGUGUCCAAAAUUAAGUCUGAAAGUUUGCCCCGAAAACUUACAAUAUUUUACUGAUAGCGAGUAUCAGAACGCAUCCGUUGAUAUCAAAGUCGAGUUUUAGAGGUCACAAGAAUCUCCUCAAGGAAAUCCUCGAGGCGUCUCCUCGAGGGGAUCUCAAGGCAUCUCAGCAAGGAAGUGCCAAGAACAAGUUGGUCUCGAUAACUCGAGUUGUUGGGAAAGGUUCAAUUGUGGAUCAUAUAUCAUUUAUUAACACACCCCCUCAAACUCAAGCCACUCGUGUAGGCUUGGAGUUUGCACAGGCACAGGUCCGGACAUCAUAUGAUUAACAUAAACAGAUGGGGUCAUGGAAUUCGAACAGGAGACCUCUCGGUCACAGAAGGAUCUGAUACUAUGUCAAGAACCAGUUGAUCCCAAUAACUUGAGUUAUUGAGAGAUGUUUAAUUGUGCAUCAUAUACCGUUUAUUAACCGGAAGCCCCUGACUUCCAUAUAAGGAUAGUCGAACCUCCAAACUAGAGAUCCUCUCUUCCAUUUUCAGAUUCAUCACACAAGUUGUAUGGUCCUCUCUCUAAGCCAUAUUCUAUCUAUUUUACAUCUUUACAUACACCAUUGUUCUGAUAUUGUACUAAUCUAGACUCGGAACGCAGAUCACAGGAACCUCAUGUCCUCUCCACAAAUUCUUACACUCACAAGGAAAUCGAACGAAGGGGUCCAAUCAAAGCCCUAAUCAUCAUUAGUAUGAUCUCCAAAUCUAGGUGGAAACAAUAGUAGUUGAACCCUCAUUGUGUGGCUACACGAUAUGAUCAUCUGAAUUAUUUUUUUAGUAUUUAAUGGCUUUUCAAAUUAUAUAUAUUUUUAUGGUAUAAACUAUGACUCUGAUCAAGUGGGAAAAUUGCGUAUUGUUUGGGCACCUCGUUUUAGAAAUAGAAGGCGUGUCCAAAUUCUCCAAUGGCCAACAGACAUGUGUUGAUGCUGAGCAAGGAGUUCUAUAGUGAGACCUGUUCCUGUCGAGAGAGGGCAAAGAAUAGGAAAAUUAUAUAUGGAAGAUCAAAGAAAAGACUAUAGCUUGC